AGGAGCUUUCCCCAGUAUGAUUCUGGCCUUGCAUAUAUCUGCCUUAGCUGUUAGAAUCAUGGACAGCUUGUUGGAAUGGUAGCCGGUUUGAGCCGCUGUUGCAGCUUACGAUUCCUAUAGUGUUGCAAUGUUAGCAAAGGUUUGUUUAACGCUUGAUUGGCUAGCCUGGAUUGACUGACUGAUGUAAAUGAUUUCAGCUAUUUUUUUAUCAGGUUCUCCAUCUUUUUUUUUUCUUUUUUCGAACCCACAUCUAUUAUCAACAGCCAUGGGUCCGAACGAGUUGCGCCGUUUAAGCUGCUGCUGACGCUGCUACUUCUGUUGUGACGUGAAGUGACUGACAUGACGCAACUCCCUCACGAGAAAAUGUUGUGGCAGCGGUGUUUCGGCGGUGCGAACAGUCGACAAGACACGACCUCGUCGAAGUAGUUUUGCCCCACACCACCCCUUGCUCUGACGAGAAAUUUAAGGCCACCAUAAAAUCGUGUAUUAUAGAUAUGUAUAUAUCUUGUGAUAUAGACAUAGAUAGGGUUUGCGGUGGAAGAGUUGAAUUACAGCGGAGGGAUCCAUAGGCAAACAGAGCUAGUAGCGGGUAACAAGCAUAUAGUUUGUACCGCGCUUAACGAAUGCCAGCGAGUGGUAACAGACAUCGGCGUAAGUGUCACUCGAAACUUGUGUACGUCCCUGCACAAUUUGACUCUGCACGUGCGCGUACGUAUGUGUGUACAUGUCAUGUAUUCUAUUGCCCAAUCACAAGUAGGUGUUGUACAGAGACUUGUUGGCGGCGAUGACGCCUACGAUGACAGUUGAUCAAAGCGAGGAGCGGCGACUUUCGAACGACGUUUUGGCGGUAAAAUUUAGAACGGAAUUGUGACGUUUGUAUAUAUUCAAUCGCAGGCCAACAGAUCGUGAAUAACUGGUUGAGCGUGAGACGGAAGAAGGUCAGUUUGGGGUAGGUGGGUGUUGCGCCUACCAAAAAAGUAGUCAUCCGAAAGUCAGCUAUGGCAGUUGGUGCUACGAACGCUAACACCGACGUAGCUAUUUCAACGAGGAUAACAGUGAUAACCAAGAAGGUUAUGAAGAACAGGCGAUGAUACGACGAAUGGCAGCAAUGUCAUAACCAUAAUCUGGGCCAAUGGGGGCGCAACGAAGCAACGCCGCGGACGCGAAAGCCUCCACCCCAGAUAUAACGGUGGCUGUCGUUUCGUGGAGCAGACAUCGACAACGUUCGUGUGAUGAGGCUUGUUUGAACAAUUUUUAGUUCUGUUUUUGCAUAAUUCCUACAAGGGACAAUAUGAACUGCAAUUAUCCUUAUUAGAAACUGUCUAGCGGAGUCGAACGAAGAAGCGGCACCGGAACGAUCGCUAAGCGAAACCAUUGACGAGAAAAAUUAAUUGAUUUACUGUUUUUCGCGCAUUUGAGAAAUCAAUUAAAACAAAAUAGUUUACAUUUUAUUAAUAUUUCUACAUUAAUUCUCAAGGGUAAAUAGAUCGUAUUUAUUAGUAAAUAGAUAAUAAAUAUAAAAUGAUCAGCCGGCGGAGAAUACUUUCCCGGUCGAGGGACGAACUAGAGAAUAUCGAAGAAGAGGACGUCUGGUAUCAGAAGGACACAUUGUUUAAGGACCACAUCCAGGAAGUGCUGCACAAAUGGGAACAGAUCGAUGAUGAGAUCUGGGCAAAAAUCAUCUGCAUGGAGCGUAAUCGGCGAGUGGCUAAGGCCUAUGCUCGAGCACCCGAGCUGGAGAUUAACGGAAGUGCCGACGGAUUCGAUGGCUUCAAGAUCGGCUUAAACGCCUUUGAUAAUCCGAUGCGGGACGAAAAGACACACGAAACAAAGAAGCGCAUUGGCAUGGGUGCACGGAUAACAAUGGACGCUUCUGGAAAUAUCGUGAUCAAGCGAAUCUCGAAAAGCUCCAUCUUCGUCAAUAGCGUCCAGCAUGGAGAAAGCUCGGCCAUUUCGAAAGAAGUCAUCGAUAGUCGCGGACAUCUUGACUUCGACAAACCGGUGAAACUCUUCGAUAUGGACAAAUUUCGAGCUAAUGUCAUCCGUGAAAUGAAACGAGCCUAUCCCGACAGGCGCACCCUCGAAGCACAGUGUGUCUCUUGUAUUUCGUUCGUCCGUGACUCAUCCGAUGUCCUGCAGGUUCCUGUUUGGGUUAUGGUGAUCAAUAUUGUUGCCCUCGAUAUGCUCAAGAGCAAACUGCCUCCUCAGUACGCUGUUCCCGCAGCAACGAAGCGGCAGAGUGCUCCAAACCUGAUGUCGAUCUUUGAUUCGCGAGAUGGCGAAGGUCGAUCAAAGGACGACCUGGAAGAUCCCUAUACGGCUCUGCCGGGUGGCGCGUCAUCGUCGGGAUCAUCAGGCGGUCAUGCCUCACAUGCGAAACGUGACCACCGCGAACCCCGUCCACCUAAGUUACCGCCCCGGGAUAAGCGACCUCGGGUGCCCCGCGUAAGUACUCCUCAGCCCGAUUAUGAGGACACUUCAUAUUCUGGCGUCCCGGUUCAUAUGCAGAUGCAAAGGUCAGGUGGAGGCAACGAACGCCAGCCAGCGCGUAAGAUCUCGUCGUCCUCAGGCAUCUACGACGACCCUUACUAUUGUGGGCUGAAGGCGCGAGUGUCGAACUUCGGUCAGCGUGACCCGCUCAAUAUGUCACGCCGCGAUCGCGAACGACUGCAAAAGGACGCUAUCUAUGCGUAUGCUUCCUCCAACCAUUCAUUCAGCUAUUUGAAUUCGCUAUAUGGAGCCGCAAAAAACAGGGAAAACAGCCUAUACCAGAGCGCAGACCAUGACUAUUCAAAAAUCUACGGUGUGCUUCCAUUGCGACAAAACUCGACGGCCCAAAGCUCAAGCUCGGGUGGAUCUUCUGCCGGUGCUACCCCAACGUACACGCAUGGACCCAAAGAGGUCUACGUCGGAGAGUGGGAAUAAUCUAGUAUCCAGUUACUUGUCCUCUCACCAUACAAUCGCAUAGUGUGAAAAGACCGUUCCAUGGGUGUGAUUCCCGCCAGACCUCUAUGUUGGAGGCUUGACGGGAGAAGCAUCGUUUCUGGGCGAUUUAUUGCUUACUCCAAGAGGCCCCGAGCUCAUUAUGACGGCGAUCCUCAGCUGAUGAUUGACACAACCACAUCAUAAAUUUUUCAUCGAUUCAACUGAUUCGGAAGACAGAUUUUGUGAAAGCGCGUCGAAUAAGAAACGAUUAUAACGCUUCGUUCUUCUCCCUUGCGUCCAUUCUUUUUGGGGAAGGUACAGUACCAGGAGUUCGAGCAGCAUUUUUCCUGUAUUCAUCAGUUCAGAUCCUUUUUUUCGUUCUAUUCCGUAGAAACUGUUCUGAAUCAUAAAAGCCAGCCGCGCUCCACGCCAGAUUAUCAAGUCAAACUAUCACCGAGGAUACAUCGUCGACGUUUCGGACCCUCGCUUAUAAGUCAGCCCUUGGCAUCUUUUCGUUAGAUUGAAGAGGGCCGAGAGUCUAGAUAGGUCUACGAGUGUAAUGUAAACUAUAAUAUUAAUGAUGAUACUAAAAAUAAUGAUACAAGCUGGCUACAACAUCUCGUUCAUCACUGUUAGAUCAAGCUCCUUUAAUAUUAUUAUCGGCUAUAUAAAAGAGCGAAUGGUGUACAUGUUUACAAUAGCAUAACUUUUUAUUACUUUAAUUUGAAAUAAAUAACUUUCCCAUCGAACAUUCUUUCUUACUAUAGAUAAAGGGCCCCAGAAGUCAUCGCUGCAGUAUAAUUAGAACCUUCACCCUAAAAUCGGAAGCGAACUAUUGUAGACGAAAAAAAACACAUGGGCAAAAAACAAGCCAGGUUCAAUGUUAACGCUGAUUUGCCUCGUCGUGACUCGAUAAUCACCAACUGUACUUUAAGUAAAUGUUCGACCAAUGCAUAUGAAGUGAAUACGGAAGAUAGGGACAUCGAUUUUGAACAAUGCAGUGUUCAACGUACACUCCAGUAUUUUUUUAAUGGUCAAUUAGUAGUAUCGCAACGAUUAAAUUUAAUAAAAAAUGUGUCACCGUCGUAAAUUAGUCCACAGCGUCCCGAUCUCUCGAAUGAGAUUAACGUUCGGUGUGUGUAACUGAAUGGACGAGUGACUCCGCCUGAAAGAUGGAAGCCAAAUGCAAAGGAGACCAUGAAGAACUAGAGAAGUUUGCUUAAUCUGCUGGCUCAUGUC